AUGCGAGAUCAUCCACGGAUGCGUUUCAUGUGGUGUGAAAUUGCUUUCUUUGAGCAAUGGUGGAAAAAACAAAAUGAAACUGUCAAAAGUUUAACAAGAAAGCUUAUUGAAAAUAGGCAAUUGGAAAUUGUAAGCGGUUCUUGGGUAAUGACAGAUGAAGCAACAACAUAUUUUCCAUCAAUUGUGGAUAAUAUUAUCGAAGGACAGCAAUAUUUAUACAAUGAAUUAAAUGUAGAAGCUGAAGUGAUGUGGUCAAAUGAUCCAUUUGGUUAUGGUCCAUCGGUAUCAUAUUUGUAUACAAAAACUGGUAUCAAACGUGGUGUAAUCAAUAGAAUUCAUUCUAAUUUGAAAGCAUUUCUUCGAGAUCAUGGUGCUUUAUCAUUUUACUGGCGACAAUUUUUUGAUAUUAAUGGACAAAAUGACAUGUACACCUAUGUAUUGCCAUAUAACCACUACGACAUAUUAAAUAAUUGUGGACCGGAUCCGGAAAUAUGUUGUCAGUAUGAUUUUAAAAGAUUGAAUCAUUUUAGAUGCUUUGGUGAGAAACCGGUACCAAUUACAGAGUUAAAUAUUCAUGCACGUGCCUUGAAAUUAGAAGAAGAAUUCUUAAAAAUGUCACUUCAACAAGGAAGCAACAUUUUAUUAUCGGUUUGGGGUGAUGAUUUUCGAUACAGUGAAUUAGAAGAAUGGUAUCAGCAAUAUGACAAUUUGAUAUUACUAUUUGAUUACAUCAAUGUGAACUCAAAACAUACAAAAAUUAGAUUUGGCACACUAACGGAAUAUUUCGACGCAUUAGAACGAAAUAAUAAGGCAAAAAAUCUUGCACCAGCAACUCUAUCCGGUGAUUUCUUUCCUUAUCAGUGUCCUUCCGGUGAUUAUUGGACCGGCUAUUACACUACAAGACCAUUUUAUAAAAGACAAGAACGAGAGUUACAUUCAUUUAUAAGAGCUGCGGACCUAUUAAGUACACAUGCUUUUAUGCAUUUAUCCAUCAAAAAUCGUCAAAUUAUCGAACAGCAACUCACAACAGCUCGGAGAAAUUUAGCACUUUUUCAACAUCACGAUGCUAUCACAGGUGAAUGA